CCACAUUCUCUCUCCUCAUCCCAGGCAGGCAGACUCCCUCUCAGCAGCCAUGUCCUUCUCCAGAUCUAGCAUGUCCUACAGCAGCAGCGGCGGUGGAGGCGGAGGGGGCACCAUGUCCAUGAGGUCUGGAGGUGGAGGUGGAAUGGGUAUGGGCUCCUCCUGCUUCUCCUCGAUGGGUGGUGGUGGCGGUGGAGGAUGCCGCAUCACUGCCAUGAGGGGCGGCAGUGUGUAUGGAGGUGCAGGAGGCUCUGGGGUGCGCAUCUCUAGCUCCUCGUUUGGUUCCGGUGGAGGAGGUGGUGGUUAUGGUUUCGGCAUUGGAGGGGUUGGCGGCGGCGGUGGCAGUUAUGGUUUUGGCAUGGGUGGGGGUGGGGGCGGCAUGGGAGGGGUUGGCGGCGGCGGUGGCAGUUAUGGUUUUGGCAUGGGGGGAGGUGGGGGCGGCAUUGGAGGGGUUGGCGGCGGCGGUGGCAGUUAUGGUUUUGGCAUGGGUGGGGGUGGGGGUGGUGGUGGCGGCGGUGGAGCCGACCUCCAUGUGUCGGCCAAUGAGAAGGCCACAAUGCAGAACCUGAACGACCGCCUGUCCACCUACUUGGAGAAGGUGCGCUCGCUGGAGGCAGCCAACGCCGAGCUGGAGCUGAAGAUCCGUCAGUUCGUUGAGAACAAGACGUCCCCCAGCGCUCGCGACUACUCUGGCUUCUACGCUACUAUUGCCGACCUGCAGGAAAAGAUCCAGGCUGCCAACUGCUUGAACGGAAGCAUCUAUCUGAACAUCGACAACGUAAAGCUCGCUGCAGACGACUUCAGAAACAAGUAUGAGAACGAGCUGGCAAUGCGUCAGUCAGUGGAGGCGGACAUCGCCGGGCUGAAGAGGAUGCUGGACGAGAUGACCAUGGCCAGAUCUGACCUGGAGAUGCAGAUUGAGGGGCAGAAGGAGGAGCUCAUCUAUCUCAAGAAGAACCAUGAGGAGGAGCUGCUUGCCAUGAGGACGCAGAUGACUGGACAGAUCAAUGUGGAGGUGGACGCAGCACCACAGGAGGACCUGACCAGGGUCAUGGCUGAGAUCCGGGAGCAGUACGAGUCUGUUAAUGCCAAGAACCAGCGCGACCUGGAGUCCUGGUUCCAGACCAAGACAUUGACGUUGAACCAGGAGGUGGCGUCCAGCACAGAGGUUCUCCAGACCUCAAAGUCAGAGAUUUCGGAUAUCCGUCGCACACUGCUGGGCCUGGAAGCCGAACUGCAGUCACAGCUCAGCAUGGAAGCCAGU